GGCGACCAGCCGGGCAAGAUGGCGUCGGCGAUUCGGGCCGGACAGCGGCUGAGGCGGGCGGUGGAAAGCGAGGAGCUGUCCGGGCUCCCCGCCGCGCUCCGGGACGAGCUGCGGGAGGCUGUGGCUUCCAAGGGCUCCCUGGUGCCCUUCAGUUUGCUGCGGAGGCUGCACAGCGGGCUGCGGGAGGCAGGGUCCCCGCUGUUCCUCCACGAGCUCCUGAGAGACAGCGACAUCGCCCUGCCCGAGGUGCCGGUGCAGCCGCGGAACCCGGAGCUGGUGGCCAGGCUGGAGCAGAUAAAGGCCAAGUUGGCCAAUGAGGAGUACCGGCGGAUGACCCGCAAUGUGACUGGGCAGGACAUGAACCAUGGGACGUUAGCUGAGUUCGGGAGGCAAGUUCGCUCUGUUAAAGCUGUAGUCAUCACCAUAUUCAACUUCUUUGUCACCGUGGUGGCUGCGUUCGCCUGCACAUACCUGGGCAGCCAGUAUGUCUUUGUGGAGACAGCAGCGCGUGUCCUGUCAGCAGUGAUUGUGGCGUCGGUGGUUGGCUUGGCUGAACUGUAUGUGAUGGUGCGCACAAUUGAAGGAGACCUUGGGAAACUAUAACCACACACAUCCCCAUAAAUCGAGGCUCGUGCUGGAGGCUUUUGCUCACUACACGAGCCAUUUGUUUGGGCAUCUCAUCUCUGAACUGUCAUCUACUGGAUGUUACCACCCCAGCACAGAGGUUACAAGCUGUUGCUGUCUCAGUUACUCUGUAAAGUUUCUGUCUUUUUUGCUAUAGAAUUAAAUAACAGUGUAUGUUUUCAACCUC